UAAAAAGUGAAAAGUCACCGUAAAUGAUAACAAACCGGAAAGAUCAAAUUAAUUCAUAUUGUCAUUUGCUUGCACUGCGACGCUUGGGAACGAAACGUGGCGGGUCCGUUGACAAGACCGAAGUGGCAAUUAUCGUGCUGCACUGAAAGACAUUGAUGUUUGUGGAGUGAAGAUGAUGGCGAUGCAGGGAGGCAGCAGCCAGGACGCUGUUGCGUCGUCUGGGAUUGCGAACUCGGAGCAGCAGCAGGAGAGCCUGGUGGAGAACACGCUGGUGCAGGCGCAGGACAGCAGUCAGAGCGUCAGCCUGGUGGAUCGCUCGUGCACCACGGACGCCAGUCUGGCCUUGGAAGGCCGCAGCUCCCUGCCCAUGCCUGGCACUGGCAGGACGACCGCCAAGAAGAGCGCCGUGGAGCAGAAGCAGUACGAGGAGCUGCGCUGCCGGCUGGCCUUCCCCGCGCUGCCCUUCCGCCCGGCCACGGCCAGCCAGCAGCAGCGGACGCAGUGCGUCGGCCUGCUGGAGGGAUUUCUCUUCGAGGACAAAUGCCGGAGCAUGGAGAAGCUGGUGUACGGGGAGGUGGUGGAGGCGGUGUCGCGGCUGCUGCGCGGCAUGUGGAAGCGGAAAGCGUUGCUGGUGCCGCGGGAGCAACUGCUGCAGAUGACCGGCUCCCUCCACGACAUGUACCUCAAGAACGCCGAGCAGUGCAUCCUCACCUUCCGGGAGAAGCUGUGCAGUCUGCUGGAGAUUAAUCCGUUGGAGGACGAGACGGAGACGGCCAGUCGCGCGGCGCUGGACCAGGCGCUGCUGGAGCAGGUGCAGGAGCAGCUGGAGACGCUGCGCGCGCAGCAGGAGGAGGCCGCCCACCUGCAGGCCCACAACGCCGCCCUCGACGUCCUGCUGGCCGAGCUGGACCUGGAGCUGGGCGCCGCGCAGGCGCUGCAGGAGGCCGCCAGCGUCCGCCUGCCCCGCAUGGAGGCGCCGCUGAACAGCCACAUGGCCGACGCCGCCGGGGCCCUGCGCCAGUGCGGCGAGAUGGCCGUCCGCAUCGCGCGCAUGACGAAGCGCUGAUUUACUGCUCCAUCCGCUGCGUUCUUAUUGAUGAUUGUCCGCGUUGCGCGUCGCUGACGGGACUCGUUACUUUAACCGUUAGUUGGCUGUUGCAUCGCAUACUGCACUAGUAAUCUGGUGGCGUUCAGUGCGAGGCAGGUUGUCUCAAUAACCGCCAGUGAACGAUAAUUGUUAUUGUUUUUCACUUUGUACUCGUAGUAUUCCCUCUUCACCUGCGCAGUAUCUUUGCUUAGCCAGAGUAACAAAGAGAAAUUUAUUAACGGA